AUGGGUACCCCUGACGAAUCCCCAGUCCUCCGCCCUCGCCUGGGCCGCCAACGCUAUAAGCCGCAGCUUUCUUGCAAUUCCUGCCGCCAGCGAAAGUGUGUUUCGCCCUCCUGCUUCGUGGGAAAUAUCUCAGACCCCGAAAACUGCGGAGCUAACGCCCGGAACGACUCAUCCCGAGAAGAAGAAAAGGAAAACAUUGUGAAACUUACAACAUCAUGCAAUGCGGAUCAGAAAUCCCACCUCGAGCCGACAUGUACAUACGUCAACUCUCUAGCGCCGGGCUAUCCGUCUAGACAACUGCACGCUAUCUCGCCCACUGCCCAGCACUUUCACGAAGAUAACAGCACGUAUGCCACCGAGCUAGGUGUAUUAGCGACGCCGAGCAGCUCGGCUUCCAUUGCAUCGCCAGAGACUAUAAAUUUAGAAUUAACGGAGUCUGGGACUGGCUUCAAAGAUCCAACCCACUGGACCUCCGUGUUGAGCGGCGUGACAGAAGCGAAGGGCCAAGAUGAUCCAUCAUCAUCACUCGAUCAGAAUGUCCUUCUCUUUGAAGGGUGCAAACAUGCAACUAACCAAGAACUUCUCAGUUCGAUGCCGCCCAGAAGAGAAUCCGAUGGCUUGGUGGCACUCUACUUUCGAGCUCAGGAAUAUCGGUCUGUAAUACAUCCGACCGAGUUUUUGAAGAGAUAUAACGCAUUUUGGGAGAAUCCUAGUGCUACAUCCGUCACCUGGCUCGGCCUCUUGUACAGCAUCUUUUGUCUUACCAGCCAAAUUCAGAGUCAAGGAAACGCCCGUUCGAGAGCCCAAAAUAGUGUGUCGUCCACUUGGUCUCCCACAGCCUUGUAUACCAUACUGGGAUAUCGACAAAAGGUCGUUCAGUGCCUCGUCCGGGCUCAGUUCGCCAAGGGGGGCCCUGACAUAAUGGAAACCCUUGUGCAUUACCUCUUGAUCGAGAGCUAUUUGAAUAAAGAUUCCAACAUUGGAGUCUGGCUCUUGAUGGGCAAUAUUGUCCAAAUAGCUAUCCGCAUGGGCUACCAUCGAGACCCACAGCAUUUCAAGUCUCUAUCCCCUUACCAGGGGUUCGCAUCACAAAUGGGCCUCCCUGGCAGCAUCAAGCACUCGCUCAGCGACACCAUGCCGCCUCGAAACCUUCAGGACCGCGACUUUGAUGCCAGCUCGACCGACCUGCCGCAUACGAGACCUAUUGACGAACUUACCUCAAGCACCGUGAUUCUCGCCAAGCUUCACGUUGCCACCAGUCUGAGCGUCAUAUCAGACAAGGUCUGCAGCCCCCACCAGCUAUCACACGAGGAUCUCAUCGCGGCGAUUUCAACACUAGACAACAUGUAUGAGACCAUUCCCGACCCUUGCAAGUUCCGACCCACAUCCGAAUCUCUGUUGGACCCUCCAAGCGUCUUAUUUCAGCGGAUGAACUUUUACAUGCAUUACCAGAGAGCCCGGAUCCUAGUCAACUGGAAGUUCCUCAGUACCUCGGAGGAUACGACUCGCAACAAUCAAUCCUGGAGUAUCGUGAUCGAGGCGGCGUUACAUAUCAUGCGGCUGCAGCACCGCGUGGCAGACGAGUCCGAGGUCUUCAACACGUUCCGCUCUACUGUUAUGGCCGACUCGUGUUUUAUAAACAAUGGUUACUUUCUAGCCGCAAGUAUCGCAUGCUUUCUCGUGCAGCAUCGCAAGGACAUUUUGUCAGUCCAGGAUACAUUGGAAGUGCGAAGCUUGCUGGAGAAAAGCCUAGCCAUCUGGGAUCGCACGAGCGACUUGUCGAGAGAAGCAAGCAGAGUAGUCACAGCUCUGAGACUCGUACUUGGAAACUCCGAGGACACUACAAUAGAAGCAAGGGCGUCUCCUCAAGCGGGUGGAGGUAAGAACUCAAAGCUUGAUCGUAAAGUUCCGGAUCCAACUAACCUUGCGCUCGCCAUCCCAGAAACCUUUGGCAGAAGUCCGAUAUCAUUUUCUAGUCACACCUCUUUCUUUGAUGAUUUGCCUUUGAUGAUGGCAGAUGACGAUACUUCAAUUUUCCUUUCAUUGCCCUCGGUUCCCAUGACAGACUAUUGGCCACAGAUAGUGUGA